AUGGAAGCAUCAAAAGUCAUCGACACUCCCAUUGCCACAGCCACAGCCACCCGUCUAUACAUGGAUGAACCUGGUUCCCCUCGUAGGUCUCUAUGCAAGGUUCAAUCCAAUCCAAAGGAAUCUUAUCUGAAGUCUGCCAAGAGAAUACUAAAAUAUCUCAAAGGAACGCAGGACCCGAUCCUCUAUUAUCCCUCAGGUGACAGCUUUGAUCUUAUAAGAUAUGUUGACACUGAUUAUGCAGGAUAUCUGGUGGAUAGAAAAAGCACGUCUGGAAUGGCACAUUUCAUAGGUUCCUGCUUAAUCUCAUGGGGUACAAGGAAGCAGAACUCUGUGGAACUUUCAACUGCAGAAGCAAAAUAUAUAGCAGCUGCCUCUUGCUGUGCUCAACUUCUGUGGACCAAGCAAUAG